AAUGAAGCACAAACCAAGUUAUUGGAAAUCUACACACUUUGCUGCCUCUGUCUAAUAUCUUAAUUUCAUUAUAGAGUGUAUCAUCUUUCCAUUGGCUUUGAUUCUAUACAUAAAUCAUUACAAAAUGGAUAGAAAUCUAUAUGAUAAUUGGGAAUAUAAACCAAUUAUUGAAAUUCAAAAAGUAAAAGGUUCAUAAUGUCCAUCUGAUAUGGAAACAUUCUUUGAUUAUAGUUAUCCAUAAACUUCUAGUGGUAUUUAUUUCAAAUUUACUUAUAAGGAUGUGAUUGUGGUUUUGGAGAAGAAGAUGAAAAUGGUGAAAUUGAUUAUGAUAAAUUGAAAAAUGAACAUUGUUAAACUUCUGAUAUUGAUGAAGGUUGUGAUGAAAUAGCUCCUAUAGAAUCUUAAAAUUUUAUUAUUUGGAAAGGUUAUUCAAUUUGUGGUAAAAGAUCUGAAUACACAUACAGAGAAUUAUUUUAUGAAAGAAAUUGUACUGCGAUUUGUAAUGGAGUUUGUUAAACUAAAAAUGAUUAAAAAGUUUGUGGAAAUUAUUAAGAUCUACUCUCCAAAGAAAAUUUUACUCAAUCAUAUUUUAAUUUUACUUUAAGCUAUGGUAUUGAUGUUUGCUAUGAAAAUGGAGAAUCAAUCAAUUAAUAUCCAUUAUUAGAAUCAGCUUAUAAAUGUGCUAUUUAAUCAUCAGAAUAUGCAUAUAUAGAUGAAUUUGAUUAAUAUAUGUUAUUUGAAGAAAAUGAAUAUCCUUAUGAAAGUUUACCAGGAUUAGAGUAUUUCAAAGAAACACCUAAAUUUGGUCUAUUUGGAGAAAAAUUUACAGAAUAUAAUUGUACUAUUAAAUAGAUUGAUGUUUCAAAUUAUAGAGACAAUUAUAUUUAACUUGUAUUUUUAGUUGCACUUAUUAUGGCAGGUAAUUAUUAAUCAAAAUUAAUUAGGUUGUUUGAUGGGUUUUGGAGCCAUAUUUCAUUCUGCAAUCAUUUAAAAUUUAACUAGAAAAGGAAUAUUUAAGCAUAAAAUAUAUAAAGUUACUUGGAAAUUUUAUUGUCCUACAACAUUCCUCAUUCUACUUCACAUGGCACAUUUAGCUAUAGUAGGUACAAAAUUGGGAUUUUUAGCUCAUUUUAGAACUACAAUGCAUACAUAUAUAGAAAAUGUAUUAGUUUUUAUAAAUGAUAUUUCAGAAAUGUACUGAUUGGUCAAAUAUAUUGAAUCUUGUUUAUAUGAGAGAUUUCAUUGAUGCAGAAUUAAUGCCUCUUUGUAUACCUGAAUUAAUGUUGACUUUUGUUGCUAUGUUAUUAGAGAUUUUACAGUUAUGCUUAUUUGAUAGGAGAAUACCUGAAAUUAUAGCAUCACCUACUUUGAAAGGUAGAGAAAGUCCUUCUAAAUCAAAUAAUUUCAUUUUGAAUUUUGGAUUUGAUAAAGAAGAAAACAUGGAAAAGCAUGUUUUAGAUACUGAAAAUAUUAGAAUUAAUAAAAAGAAUGUAUAUAUAUAUUCAUAUAAAUUAGGAAUAAUUAAAAUUAUAUAAUGAAUGA